CGGCGUGAGGAAAUCAAGCUUAGAUUGAAGAGGCAGUGUGGUCGUUUGAGGGGCAGCUUCGACAACAUAACAAGACACGACAAUAUCAAGAAUGAUGACAACAACGGCAUCAACCACGACUACAUCGACAACAGCGAUGGCGAUGGAGGCGGCGACCAUGCAGGACGCUGUUGCUGUUGCCUUGUUUGAAGAGGAGGGAGCGACGCUGGAGAUGGUGCGGAUGUAUAAGCGACAGAUGGACGACAUCUAUGCCGUGCUGACACAACAUCGUCACAGUCUACCCGCGGAACUCCUGGAGGAGGGUGAGGAGUUGUUCAUCGGAUGGGAGGAGGAGCUCCAUGCAAAUCUCCCUUUUCAACGGUUGGGCACUACUGAAGAAGCACAAGUGAUGGCGGAGCUGUGCGAGUGUACGGAAAUGGUAAGGAAAGUGAGAGGAAUCUUCGUUGACCUCUGGGAGGGGCUGCAUGUGAAAACAAGGCGUGAUGAUUUGAAAGGGCAUUGCUGCGUGGGGCCUGAGGAGGGGCAGGUGCUUUGUGCCAUGUCGCAGGAUUGUUCGUAUGAAGCUGACGACGCUUGUGUUACAGUCACUUCCAUUAACAAGGAGGUUGUAACUCGCCGCGGGGAGCUUGAGGAGGGGCAGGGUUCUUGCGGUGAAGUGGAGGAGCGCUCGUUUGGGGGUAACAACAACAACAACAACAACAACAACAACAACAACAACAACAACAACAACAACAACAACAACAACAACAACAACAACGACGACGACGACGACAAUUGCACCGCUGUUGAUGGUGAUCGGUGUGGGGAAGAUGAAGACAAUAAGACCGACAACGACAUCGAUGACGUCAGAAAUGCUAGCAACAACAAUGACAACAAUUACAACGGAAAUAUCGAUGAUGAACUUAUGUUGUCUGUGGCGCAGGGCGCAAAAAACAACGGCAACAAUGUGACGGUGGAAUGGGAGGAUGGUUUUUCAACUUGUAUCCCGUGCUUCGAGGAAGGGCAGAAUGUGGCAGACAUCCUCUGGGAGAAGAUAACGACUGAGUUCCUAUUGGGAAUUUUCGAGUCUGUGCCGGACGAAACAGAUCCGGAGGAUAUGCAAUCCCGAACAGAACAAGAGGGCCCAUCGACACAACGCACAGAGCCGGGGAGACACUCCCCCAAGGCCUUUUCACCCCUGAUCGUCAAGCUAUCGGAAACCGCACAACUGAGAACAGGGAUGAGAUGGAGACCCUGGCGAACGGUGACAGCGGUCCCGUACAACGUUUUGGCGAGAUCAAGUUUACUGGUGGAACUGACGGCAGUGUCGGUCGCUUACGUCGUUACGACAGGGAUGUUGGACGGUGAUGGGGACUUAGAUGCAAGAGCAUACUCCACUGAUUGGGACAAAUUUUAUAGAAGUGAUGAUUCGGACAAUGAAUCGCGGCACUGGCAAUCGGAUGAUGAGAAGGAAGACAAUGAGCGAACAUUAGAUCAGGGAAAAAACAGCAACGAUAGCGAGGGACCGUACAAGAUGGACAAACCGGGAGUGACUUCGCCUACGAAGUUGGGACAGGACACAGCGGCAUCCGACCCUGGGGAUGACACAGUGGGUCUGGAUACGGGUGGACUCUUUCCAUCGUAGAUGUGCUGCUCAUAAAACCAUAGUCAUGACCCGUCUGAGAGAGUCACGAAGAUGGAAGAGUUCUGGACAGCGGCGAAUGCG